UCGUUUCGGCACGCGAAGUACGUACACUUUUUCCUUCUGUUCUCUAUUAAUAUAAAUCGCCAAGUUAUAGUCAUUUUCAUAGUUAUUGUCAAUUGGUUCCCGGUUUCAAUUUCGGAUGAAUUUUGGACAAAAUGAAUUUUAAUUUUUGUAAUGGCAAUUAACUUGUGAUAAUGUCACUGUGUUGAAUAUUGUUACUGAAAAUCUUCAAUAGAUGGCAAUAGUCGUAUCAGAUAUUGGUUAUAGAAAGGCUUAUAAUUCGACUAAAUAAAAAAGGUACGCAGAAAAGGAGCAAAAAUUACGAGAUAAGUUCCGAAACGCGCUUAUGAAUCAUAUUUUGCGUAGCUUUGAGGGUACAUUACACACCCAUUUUAUGUACCGGUCGGUGUUAAACUCAGCGAGCAUACUUCGGACCGUCGUUGUGACGAUCCCGGCUUCCCCGGUUCAAUGAUCCAUUUAUUUUCAUUUCACUCGUUUCUGUAUGCGGUUCUAGCGUCCUCCCUCUCGCUCAUCCUUUCAAAAUCGGGAAACUGGACGUAAAAGUGAUUUUUGACAAAAAUGGCUACCCGAAGAAGUGUUCCAGGCGUUUUAGCGAGCCGAUAAUACGGAAAUGUCCAUUUGUGUCUGUGAAAAUAUGCAGUUUAUAAGUGAACAAUUGUUUCGUGCUGUGCAAUAGUGCAUACGGAUUUGUCUCGACAAAGGAUAUUAUCGUCAAAAUGAGCGAGCAAUCCAUAAGCAGCGCGCGCGCCUCCGUGAUGGUGUACGACGACAACGUGAAGCGAUGGAUACCGUCAGGGUCGAGCGCGGGCGUCUCCAAGGUUCACAUAUACCACCACACGCAGCACAACACCUUCCGGGUGGUGGGGAGGAAGCUGAACGAUCACGAGGUGGUGAUAAAUUGUGGCAUAGUCCGUGGUUUAAAGUACAACCAGGCGACGGCCACCUUCCACCAGUGGCGUGACGCGAGACACGUCUACGGGCUGAACUUCUCGUGUCGCGAGGAUGCUGACAGCUUCGCCAGAGCUAUGAUGCACACUUUAGAGAUAUUAGCAAACAAGCCGGCGGGCAAUUCAGCGCCGCCCCCGCCGCAGCCGCCGAACCCGCCAGCUCCCUACAACGGUCAUAACAACGCUCACAACUACGACGAGGAUAUGGGUUACAGGACGAUGACCCGCGAGGACGCCGCCAUCCUGCAGCAGCCCGCGCACCACAACCCGCCCGCGCAGUACCACGCGCCCCACCACCACCACCACCAGGUAACGUCACACGUAUACGCGUACACACACGUCACGUGCGCGGCUGUGCACUAGCUGUGGGUGAUAUCAGACUUUCACAAUAUCGGAUUCUUAAAAUGUAUAUAUUUUU